AUGGCCUCCCGCGCCGGCCCCCGCGCCGCGGGCACCGACGGCAGCGACUUCCGGCACCGCGAGCGCGUGGCCGAGCACUACCAGAUGAGCGCGGCGCUGAAGGCGGAGGUGCGGAAGCUGACGUACGUGCACGUGGCGCUGUGGGCGCUGCUGGCGGCGCAGGCGGUGGCGGCGCACCUGAAGCUGGUGGCGCACGAGCGCGUGGCCGUGCCGUACCGCUGGCAGUACCCGUACCUGCUGAGCAUCCUGCCCUCGCUGCUGGGCCUGCUCGCCUUCCCGCGCAACAACAUCAGCUACCUGGUGCUGUCCAUGAUCAGCGCCGGGCUCUUCUCGGUGGCGCCGCUCAUCUACGGCAGCAUGGAGAUGUUCCCCGUGGCGCAGCAGCUCUACCGCCACGGCAAGGCCUACCGCUUCAUCUUCGGCUUCUCCGCCGUCUCCGUCAUGUACCUGGUGGUGCUGGUGGCCGCGCAGGUGCACGGCUGGCAGCUCUACUACAGCAAGAAGCUGCUGGACUCCUGGUUCGCCAGCACGCAGGACAGGAAGAAGAAGUGAGCGGGCCGCGAGCCCAGCCCGGCUGCCGGCAGGGCCGCGUCCAGCCCCCGGCCGGGCCGCGGGGCCGGGGGCCGAGCCCCUGGCGGGGGU